AUGUCUUGUAGGAAAGGAACACAUCACAACUGCACGCGAGCUCGGAAACCAGUGAUUUCACCUUAUUACAAUAGUGCAUCCAUUCCAUUGGGAUAUUUUGGCACAACUAUAAGAAGGAGACCCGUUAGUUUUGGCUUCGAAAAUCCUUUCCAAAGUCGAAGAAAUUUUACAAACAGUCGAGAAAGAUGGAGACAGCAUCAUGUCAACAUGGCCUUUGGUGAGCUGAGAAAACUUCUUCCAACUUAUCCACCAGACAAAAAACUCUCCAAGCACGAGAUUCUUAAACUAGCUAUGAAAUACAUCACGUUUCUGAGUACUGUGUUAAAAGACAUGGAUUCAAAAGAAACUGGAAUUUGCUCUGAUUUUGUUGUGGAUUCUGAACUAUGUUCUCCGAGUUCGAGCUGUGAAACUCUUGGUAGCGAUGGAGGUUUGUCAUCCACCUUGAAUUUAGAACGUGUCAGUGUUGAUUCACUUACAUCAGAAAUACGGAUUGAAGAAGCCGAAUGA